AUCAAGCCAGUGCCAGACGAAGAAAAUUUUUAUAAAUAACUUUUUAUAAAUAAACAUUUAUCAAAAUGGAUAAAUAAUCACAAAACUACAAAAACAAAAGUUUUUAAAUUCAAAUAAUAUAAAAUGUUUGGUAUUUAGUGUAUAAAAUGAAUAAAUACAAUAAUAAUGGUAAUUUCUCCAGAGCCCCUGUAGGGGACUCUCCAAUGCGUUUUAAUAAACGUCCACGAUAUGGAGUAAAUAAUAGUGGCGCUAAGAUUUCGCCCAGGUACAAACAUCAAAAUCAAACCGGAUAUAAAUAUUCGCCAAAUAGAAAUGUUACAACAGAUUCCUAUCAAUGUAGUUCUUAUGAUAAAGGCCCCAGAAAUUUUUAUGGCAUUUCACCGAAACGACCAAAUUAUAAUCAACAAAAGAAUAGUCAGCCAUCAUCAUCUUAUUUACAUAAGACUAAUGCAUCAGCGAUUUCAUCUCCCUCCUCCUCUUCAUUUUCUGUGAAUAAACAAAAUGUUUUAAACUUGCCACCAACUCAACCGCCACCAAUGGCGUCUACCUCGUUGGCGGCCCAAAAUAGCCAACAGCAGCAGCAGCACAAUCCUACUAUGGUGGAUAAUUCUAAUUUAUAUGGAUUUGGUUACAAUAGUUAUUAUCCCACCAGUUAUAAUAACGACAUAGCUCCGACAGAUUCCGCUUCAACAUAUGGUGUGACUGAUGCUAUUACUCCCUUUAUGUGGCAAACAAUAACGUCUACACCACCGCCAAAAUUGCCACAACAUCAGCAACAGCCGCCACUGCCUCAACCACAGCCACCACCUAUAUUACCUCCAUUGCCAAGUGAUGAUAAAUUGCCACAUUUACCGCCACCACCAAUGGCCGCUUCCACUAUGUCUCCCACAACAUCACCAAAUUUAGGAAAAUCUAAUUUCAAAAAUAAUGUAUCAAAUGAUAAGAAAUCAGAAGCUAAAACAAUUGUUAAAAUGAAAACAAAGCGAAAAGCAAUUUCGGAACGCUAUCGGUCUAGUAAAUCGUGGUGCGAAGAAGAUGCCAUACUAGCCCUUAAGGCCGAAGAGUCAAAUACAAGAAAACUACAGAGAGAUAUAAUAUUAGUCAUACGUUUUCCCGAUCCUGAACUAAGUCGUGAAAUUGUAAAAAAAUAUAGUCCUGACAUAGAAUCUGUGCAUUUUCAAUUGAAUUGUUCGCCACGUUAUUGUUUGGUACAUCUGAAACCUGGAACAGAUGUGGAGAAAACCAUCGAUCACCUAUCGAAGGUACCAUUUGGUACGGGUUUUUUAUCGGUGGAAAUUAAACAAAUUCCCUAUAAAGUACAUACUACUAAAUUGAAUGAAGUUGAUCCCUAUACUUUGUACGUGGGCAAUUUGCCAAAUACUAUAGCGUGUAAAGCCCUAAAGAAUCAUUUUCCCGGUGCAGCACGUAUUGAUAUUGGUUUUGCUCAACGUAUGAAAUAUACUCGCUAUGCAUUUAUACGCUAUCAAACUGUACAGAAGGCCAUUGAGGCCUACAAUCGUAUGUUGGAUGCUGAAAUAGGUGGUCGUACAUUAACUAUACGUUUUAGACGUGUUAAUCCUACAACUGAGGGUAAUAAAGAUGGUGAUGCUGAACAUCCCGAUAGUAUGAAUGAUGAUGAACUAAUAAAUCACACAACACUAGAAACAGAAGAUAAAAUUGUAGGAGAAAAUGCUGAGCCAUUUGAUGUUUUACAAGAAAAUAGUACUGCAGAUGUUGAUGAACAUAAUGAACAUAAUGAUGGUGCUGAAAAUGUUACUCACGAUUUGGAUGAACAUAUUGAUGAUAAUUUAACGGAAGCCACUUCCACUGUUGAAAAAACUUCAGAAGCAGAAGCAGAAGAUAAUAUUUUUAUACCUCUAACAUCGUCCACUUCAAUUACAAGCACAAUUGAAACUUUACAUAAUACAACGAAAUUAAGUUUUUCAACUGGCAACAAUUCAGCAUUUGAAACCAAUAACUCUGUACCUCUAAAGUCGCCUACAACCAGCACAAGUCAAGCAAACAAUAGCAAUUCACUAGUCCAUAAUAUAAAACCUGAACCAGAUAUUGAUCCGGCUGAUAUAGCUAUACGCGAUAAUACUCUAUCUUCUCGUUUGGAAGUUAACAGUGAUAAUAUAAAACAGGAGGAACAAUUAGCAUUAUAUGAUGAAUUUUUUGCACCGCCCAGUAAUCAAAAUGAUAAUAAUAAAGAAAAUUCGGCGAAAUCAAAUAAUAAUAACGAUGUAGUUUCUUUACAUUCAACAGCUGAUGAAACAGAUACCAUGUCUACGGUAUCGACUAAUAGUUUAGGAGAGUUUUUACAAAACUGCCAGAGAUCUCAAAUACGUUCAAAUUGUAUGGAAAAUUUAGGACCGCCACCAGCCAAAAGAAAUAAGCCACGUGAAGAUGUUUCGCAAGCCACAGUUAAACAAGAAUCACUAGAAAGUAACAAUAUUCUAACUGCAAAAGAUUCAACACAAUUUACUAAAGAUUCUAUUGUUGCGGAUAACGUUAAACUGGAGCCUUUGGAAGAACUUAAUGUUAGUGAUAAAACUACUUCAACUUCAGACCCUGCAAUUAAACAAGUUCCUAGAAGAGGAGAUAGAGUACAAGCCGCAGUAACUCCUGCCAUUACUACAAACCCCACAAUACCUGCUAGUAAUGAUGAUGUAGUACCUUCAACGGCUUUGUUUUUUAGAAGUAAUAGUCAAACUAAUUUAACAAGACCUGGCAAUGACAGUGAUUAUGAUGAGUUCUAUGAUACUCGAACAAAUCUAUCAUCCCAUACAGCAACUAGUGUCGCAAAUAUUAAAAAAGAACCCCUAAACAUAUCAACAAACAAAAGCACAAAUGAAAUGAAUUUUAAAAAUAAACAAGAAAAUGAAGAAGUACUUAAUAGAAGAGAUGUAAAUACAGAAAGUAAACUAAGUCAAACAAGGAAUAUUAUAAAUUCCGUUAUAACAUCAAAUACUCCUAUCGAUGAAGAUGAUUUAGUGCCGGCACAAAAUAUAUUGGGUUCCUAUCGACCUUUUCGCAGUGAAAUUAAAGAAGAAAUGGAACAUGAUGAUAUAUUUGCAGUACCCAUCAACAUAAUAAAUAAUUUAAAUGAGAAUAAUAAUUUGGACAAUCUUAGUAAUGAAAUAAUUUCAAAUCUGACAUCUUUGUCAGACAAAAAUUCGACAACAACAAAUGAUAUUGGAAAAAGAAGUACGGCAUUCAAGGAAAAUGAUGAUGAUGUCAUCAUCAUUUCCGACAACAUAACGCCUCAAGAGAAGCAAACAAAUUCUAACACAUCACUAUUAAAUAACUUAAUUUUUCGGCGUCACACGGAUUUAGUAACAUUUACAUCGAAACCUAUUGUCGCCGUAACAAUGCCUAAACGUGAAGUUUCUACUCUAAUACAUCAUGAUAAUCUCGAUAGAUUGUAUGAACAAUUAGAUGCCGACUCAGACAAUGAGUUAUGAUACUUUAUAUGGCGGAAAAAACACCAGACACUGUAUUUUUUAUACAUACUGAGUUUAUGUAUAUAGGUUGUAAAUAGGGAAAAGUACGGACAUGAUUCCCUAAAGAAUAAUAAAUACAAAAGAACAAUGAUUCAAUAUUUUUAAAUAUUAUAAAUGGUAAGAAUUUUUUUAGAAUAUGCAUAAGUAUUUAAGUUAUUUGUAGAAAUUAAUUACCGCUUUUAUAAUUAAAUGUUCUAAAUUAUAUAAAUUUGUGCAAAUUUUUUUCUAUGGCAGCAAAAGUACGAUUUAUAUAUGUACAUAGUUUUCCUAUAUUUGAGUCUAUUUAAUAAUGUUUGCUUGUUGUAUGUUAGUUGAAAUCAAGUCACAUUAAAUUAACUAACAAUUCUAUAUUCUAGUCCUUAUUCCUGCAUAUAGUGUAGUCUACAGACUAGACUGUAAACUAGUCUAUAGAUUAGACUAUAGACUAGACUAUGCACUAUACUAUGGACUAUAGACUAGACUAUAGAC